ACCGUUGAAUAGAGCUGUGCUCGACCAGGCUGCAUCGUUAAAUUCCGUAACGCAUUUUGACGUUUUACGACACUCAUCCGUCUACGGGCUGCUCGUCGUCGGUCAUCGUUCGUUUCCAUUUUUGCGUUCUUGUGCGGCUUACAAACAAAAGAAAGUGUUUUCGUGUGCCUAAAUUUUAUACAAAUCAGUCGCCGCAACAAUGGAGAUCGAUGAGGAAGAGUUCGAGCAACCAACAUCCAGCAGCAGUCGCGGAGAGCGGAAGCGAUUCGAGGUGAAAAAGUGGAAUGCUGUGGCUCUAUGGGCAUGGGACAUCGUGGUAGACAAUUGCGCCAUUUGCCGUAAUCACAUCAUGGAUUUAUGCAUCGAAUGCCAGGCCAAUCAGGCAUCCGCCACCAGCGAGGAGUGCACAGUGGCCUGGGGUGUAUGUAAUCACGCAUUCCAUUUCCAUUGCAUCUCCCGUUGGUUGAAGACACGACAAGUGUGCCCACUGGACAACAGGGAAUGGGAAUUCCAGAAGUAUGGUCACUAGACGGCUUGAUAUUUCCUUCGAUUUGCCCAAGCAGGAUAUCUGUAUUAGGUAUACAUCAUUUUUAAUAAUUUAAAUCGCCCCUGAUGAACAGAACAUGAUUUGGGAUAACUAACUCUGAAAAUAAAUCUCUUCAUUUGCUUCAAGAAUUCAGCGCAA